AGACAGCCAUUGACCUGAGGUGCUAAUAUACGGUGCUGCUUCUGCCUGGUCUUCACAAUGAUGUCACAUGCCAUUUCAUUCACUGUGUGUUCAGCGUGAGAAUUCCAGAACAUAGAGCUUCAAAAUGUCACUUUCUUCCCUUUCAUUGCCGGGAAAUGUAUGCAGAGUUGUAGCCCACCAAGCCAGGGAUCUUCUAUACAAGGGAAAGGAUGACUCCAACAACGCCUUUGUGACGUUCACUCUAAACAAGAAUAAAUUUGCUACCUCCGUCUUAGAGAAGACACAGAGACCUAUCUGGAAUGAAGAGUGUGAAUUUGUGAUAGCAGACCAGGGAGGGACUCUAGAACUCAUAGUCUGCCAUUCAGACUUUUUACGAGAACGCUUUUUAGGGAGAGUAGAGGUAUCUCUGAGUGGUGUAGCAGCUUCAUAUGGAAAGAGCAUCAAAAAAUGGUACAAGUUACAGCCCAAGAAAGGCAAAGAGGCCAAGAAGCUUGGAGAUAGAGGUCAACUGGAGGUCACAGUUCAGAUCAUUUACAGGGAAGAUGUGGCUCAGCUACAGGCCAAAGCUCAAGAGAAGAAGCCAGCCUUGCUUAAUUUGCUGCCCUCACCAGCAUGGAGAAGAAAACAGUCUGGCUCAUCUCCAGAUGUAAGGAGGAAAGAUUCGAGAAAAGAUUCUGCGAAUGAUGAAUACUUCAAUGAUAUCAACCGAGAGCUUCAGUUCAAUGACCCGGCCUUCUAUUCGGAUGACUCUCAAUCUGUCGCUUCUUCUAUGAGUGAUGACUUCCGUACCACGCACCAUCAUCGAUACUCGACACCCGACGUCGUCGACCAGGCAAGGGAUCUCCGAUCACAGCCCCCUACCCCGCCCAUUCAGAAGCCCCCUCCCUCUAACAGAUUUCGGCCAGGAGGAUUGACCGGCUCAGCAAGGGGCAAGGGGGGAAUCGGGAGGAAUGUUAAAACAGCAUUGGGUAACAUCUCAAAAGCAUUGAGCAAAGAGCAUCUCGACAAGAUAGGUAAAAGCACACCAGACCUACGCUACAUGUCCUCCUCCCUGCCUCCUACACCAAUCCACGAACAUGGGCAUCAUUAUGACCAUGGCAAUUCAGCUCCGGACGAAACAGAUGGGUUCCGCAACCCCGGUAUUCAUCUGGGCGUGUCUAGUUUAGGGGGUUCGCUGCUCGCCCCUCCGACGGCCCUCCACCGAGCCGUGUCUGAGGAGAGUCUGCUGAAGGAUAAGAAGGAGAGAGAGCAAGGAGAUAUCUCCAGUCUUGCCACACUGCCAAGAGGAAAGAAUGUCAGAAGAGAGAACCGACACAAGAAAGCGUCGAGUGCUUGUUUCACUGUGGAAGAGUUGAGUCAAGUCAACAAUGGUGGCACGACCCCUGACCUUCGGAAGAUGACUCAAGAGAGCAAGGAGAAACAUAGGAAGCACAGCUCGACUAGCAAGUACGAUACACUCUCAAAACAGCAACUCGUACAACUAGUACAGCAGCAGGAAUCUAUAUUAUCCGAUAACAUUCAACAGGUUAAAGAGCUCGAGGCUUACAUUGAGAAGCUUCUACUCCGCGUGAUGAUGGAAUCGCCCGAUCUUCUAGAUAUGAAUCGUCCUAUCAAGUUAUAGAACUCUCUUCAUCACAGUUUGUACGACUCAACGGUAAAGAGAUAGGAUCGAAGCUUAUUAUUGGAUAACGUUCAACAGAUUAAAGAGCUUGACGCAUACAUUGUAAAGCUACUACUCUGCAUCAUGGUUGGAUCCUGUGACGUUCUAGAUAUGAAUUGUCCCAUCAAGUUAUAGCUCUUCACCAAGGUUUGUACGACUCGACAGUACAGAGGUGCCCUUGAAAAUUCAUGGCUAUGAUGUCAUAUAAGUCAUCUUACAUUCAGUCGUAAGAUCGAACUGUAUCUCCAGUAUUGCUAUAAUUCAUUGUAUCGUACCAUCUAUCUGUAAUGUAAAAUUAAUUGUAUGCUUACUGUUCAUUGUCAAGUUGCGCUUGAUUGAAGCAUUAACUUUUUGGUACCGGUAGAUAUGAUUCAUCAUGAAUUUUAUGUUAAUACAGGUCCCUGAAUAGUAACUUCAUUUUAGAAAAAGGUGAUUUGAAUAUUCAUGACUUGUAUGGUGUUGGUUAGCACAUUUGUGUGUAAUCGGAUCAUGAAUUUUCAUGGUAAUGCGUUGUUGUUUUGAGAGUAAUUGGAGGCGAUCUGUGGCUACAACAACCAAUACGGCAGCAACGGAGCGCUAUCAAGCUGCCAAAAGGAGGAGAGCUGCCAGAAAUCUGCUGUCCUAAAUGUAUUGACAAACCUCAUGAUUGAAAUGUGUGUGGCUUCCGCAGUGCCAGCAGAAUCGCAAAACAGAGCCAUGUAAGAAAACACUUGUGGGUUUCAUCUUGUCAUCAUCCUUAACGAUGGACUGCCUAUGAUAAGAGAGUAUUUGGAGAAGUUUAAAAGGGCAUCACGUUCUACAAAAGCUAUACAAUACGUUUGUAUUAGUAUGUGUAUGAAAAUGGCCAACAAACUGGAUUCUACUAUGUAUGAAGACAGCUCCAUAAUGCAUCAGGCAUCAGUGGUAGCACAGGUCUGACUUGUUUCGAACUGCUAAGGCACCAAUCAGACAGAAGUGCGUACAUGUAUCACAAUGUCUGAUGAAACUGCCCAGUAAAAUGAGCGAGUAAUGACUGCUUUUGUUACAUGAAGUUGUCAACACAAAAAAAAGUUGAAUACCUCGUACGUGAAGCUGUGAAGAGAGCUACAGUCAAUAGUUUGCUGUUAAAAGAAGUCAUAGAGUUCAUCAUAAGUCAUUCUGACUUGCAGCAACAUCUAGGAUGAUUGAUGCAUCACUUUUGCUUCAAGGGAGAUGUGAGUUGGUCUAGCGGUACGUUCACUUGGUCAGCUCUCUGUCUUAACCUGCAAACUGGCUCAGGCAGACCCUGGUUCGAGACUGAGUCACAGUUUUUGGAUGGUGACAUUGAAGGUCGAUCCCUAGACGUAAAUAGUCAUAUCUGACUGAUAUAUGUCUGUCAAAACCUAAUUGCACACACAUUCACAUAUAAGCUGCAUGUGAGUAGACGAUCAAAAUAAAUAGCUCAGGAUGUGGAAUACCUCAAGUUCAUUCUAAUAUCCAGAGGUGGUCGUACAAGAUCGGGUGAUUUAACGUUUCCUCCAUCAAUUUUUCAGAACUUAUUUUUGUAAAAUUUAGAUCUUUGGUUGAAUUAGGUUUCAGUUGUCCGGAGUCAGGUUUACGGUCUGUGUGUUUUACCAAGUUCUAACAUCUACAUGUACUUUUAAUACAUUCAAUAAUCACUUUAUUUUCUUGGUCAUGAACUGUACCAAAAACAAUAGAGACACAACCACAACAAAUUCCUGAAGUUCUAUUUCUGUUUAAGAGAUUUUUUUUCAUGUGGUUGGGAAUCUCUUGAUGAUUUGGGGGAUAUCUUUGAGAUGGGGGAUAUCUUUGAGAUCGAUGACAUGUGAGUUCUGUAUCUUCUCAGUUAUCUCUUAUCGUGCCAAGAACACUGUUCUGUACAUGCGCUGGCGUGCCACGCUCACAUAAUCGGGUUCCUGUUGACUUGCCAUGCACACAUAAACUCUCAAUUGCUCGCGUGCCACGUACACAUUUUCGUGCAUAAGUACAGACGCUAAUUGUUUAUGCCUAUUGUGCGAUGCGCAUUGCGUGCACGCAUGAAUGCUUACUGUAUUUGUGGAGGGGGUUUAUUGUUGUUUUGAUUUUGCGUGCUUCGCAUAUACCGUUACAUGGGA